CUGACCUCUGAGGUGAUGGCAUGGGAGCGUCCAAUCCAGUUGUGGGCAGCUGGUGCUCUGGGGAUGAGGCUGGGAUAAAGCCUCCCCAGUGCCAAGGACUGAUGGCAGGGCUACAGCAGAGGCUGCAGACGAAGAACAGGACUGGACUCCCUGCCCACCGGCAGCAGCGUUGCUUCCCCAAGCCCAGGCUUUACUUUCCCCCAAAGGUACCCUGGGGUGCAGGGCACCAUGCUGUUCCCUGCCUUCCUCUUCGGGAUGACAUGGACACUGGCCAACGGGCGAUGGUGUGAACGCACAGAAACCAUCCACAUGGAGGAGGAAGUAGCCCCCCGUCAGGAGGACCGGGUGCCCUGUACCAGCCUCUACCAUUACAGCCGCCUGGGUUGGCGGCUGGACCUGCCUGGGAGUCGCCAUGUGGGGCUCUCCAGGCCCCCAGGACCUGGGCUCUGUCCCAUCUAUAAACCCGCAAAAACCCGGCCUGCCACAUGGAACCGAACAGUGAGGGCUUGCUGCCCAGGCUGGGGGGGUGCCCACUGCACGGAGGCCCUCCACGAUGCUAGCCCCAAAGGCCACUGCUUUGCCACAUGGCAGUGCCAGCCAUGGGCAGACUCAGUUAACACUUCGGCAGGAAGCCUGGAAGAGUGCUGUUCCCAUCCCUGGGGACACAGCUGGUGGGAUGGCAGCUCCCAGGCCUGCCUCAAUUGCUCCAGGCAACACCUGCCAGUCAGUGCCUCCCCUCCGGCCCUCCUGCAGCCCCUGGCAGGGGCUGUGGGUCAACUCCUGAGCCAGCGACAACGUCCUUCCGCCACCUGUGCCACCUGGUCAGACUUCCACUACCGCACCUUUGACGGACGCCACUACCACUUCCUGGGCCACUGCACCUACUUGCUGGCGGGCACUGCUGAUUCUAGCUGGGCUGUGCACCUCAGGCCUGGGGACCAGUGCCCCCAUCCUGGGCACUGUCAGCUGGUCCGAGUGACAAUGGGACCCGAAGAGGUGCUGAUUGAGGGUGGAAAUAUCUCAGUGAACGGGCAGCUGGUACCUGAAGGGGAGCCGCGGCUGCUCCACGGGCUGAGCCUGCAGUGGCUAGGGGACUGGCUGGUGCUGUCAGGGGGCCUGGGAGUCGUGGUACGGCUGGACAGGGCUGGUUCCAUCUCCAUUUCUGUGGACCAUAAGCUUUGGGGACAGACACAAGGCCUCUGUGGGUUCUACAAUGGCCGGCCUGAGGAUGACUUUGUGGAGCCUGGUGGGGGGCUGGCCGUGUUAGCUGCCACCUUUGGGAACUCUUGGAGGCUCCCUGACUCAGAGCCUGGGUGUCUGGAUGCAGUGGAGGCGGCCCAGGGCUGCGAGGGCCCCCUGGGGAACACAGAGGUGGGCAUGGAACCUGGCCAGCUGCGGGCUGAAGCCCAGGACGUGUGCCAUCAGCUCCUGGACACCCCUUUCCAGCAAUGCCAUGCCCAGGUUCCCCCUGCUGAAUACCACGAGAUCUGCCUCUUUGCCUACUGCAGAGGGUCCACAGUGGGCAGUGGACGAGAGGGUCGGCAGGAGGCUGUGUGUGCCACCUUUGCCAACUACGCCCAGGCCUGUGCCAGGCAGCAUAUCCACAUUGGCUGGAGGAAACCUGGUUUCUGUGAGCGCCCAUGCCCCGGGGGCCAGCUCUACUCAGACUGUGCCUCCCCCUGCCCGCCCAGCUGCCAGGCGGUGGGCCAGGGAGAGGAGGGGUCCUGCCAGGCAGAGUGUGUGAGUGGCUGUGAGUGCCCACAUGGCCUCUUCUGGGAUGGCGCCCUCUGUGUGCCUGCUGCCCGCUGCCCCUGCUACCACCGGCGCCAGCGCUAUGCUCCUGGUGACACCGUGCGCCAGCUGUGUAACCUGUGCAUAUGCCAGGAUGGCCACUGGCACUGCACCCAGGCCCCCUGCCCAGCCGAGUGUACAGUGGGUGGGGACGGCCACUACCUCACCUUCGAUGGACAGAGCUACUCCUUCCGUGGUGGCUGGGGGUGCCACUAUAGCCUGGUGCAGGACUAUGUGAAAGGGCAGCUGCAGAUCGAGCUGGAGCAUGGGGCUUGCGACUCUGGGAGCUGUUUGCAUGCCAUCUCUGUCUCCCUGGGGGACACCCAUGUUCAGCUCAGGGACUCAGGCGCUGUGCUGGUCGGUGGGCAAGACGUGAGCUUGCCCUGGAUGGGUGCUGGGGACCUCAGUGUCGUCCAUGCCUCCUCUGCCUUCCUGUUGCUGCGCUGGCCUGGGGCCCAGGUCCUCUGGGGUGUGAUGGACCCUGCUGCCUACAUCACCCUGGACCCUCGCUAUGCCCACCAGGUGCAGGGUCUGUGUGGCACCUUCUCCUGGAACCAGCAGGACGACUUCUUGACCCCUGCUGGAGAUGUGGAGACCAGCAUUACUGCCUUUGCUAACAAGUUCCAGGUGGCAGGCGAGGGAAGAUGCCCCUCAGGGGACGGUGCCCCACUUGCACCCUGCAGCACCCACUCCCAGAGCCACACUCUCGCAGAGGCAGCUUGUGCCCUCCUGCAUGGCCCAGCCUUCCAGGAGUGCCAUGGGCUGGUGGAUAGGGAGCCAUUCCAGCUACGCUGCUUGGCAGCCGUGUGUGGCUGUGCUCCUGGCAGGGAUUGCCUGUGUCCAGUGCUGUCUGCCUAUGCUCGCCGCUGUGCCCAGGAGGGCGCCCCGCCUACCUGGAGGAACCAGACCCUUUGCCCUGUUCUGUGUCCCAGUGGCCAGGAGUACCAGGAGUGUGCCCCAGCUUGCAGUCGACACUGUGGGGAGCCAGAGAACUGUGCGCAGCUGGGUGGCUGUGUGGCUGGUUGUACCUGCCCACCAGGGCUGCUGUGGGAUGCUGAGGGCCAGUGUGUUCCCCCCAGUUUGUGCUUCUGCCAGCUUGGAGCCCGUCGCUAUGCCCUGGGCAGUGCCACCAUGAAGGACUGCAACCACUGUGUCUGCCAGGAAAGGGGCCUCUGGAACUGCACGGCCAGCCAUUGCCCCCCUCAGCAGGCAUUCUGCCCCCAGGGGCUCAUCUAUGCCCCUGGCGCCUGCCUCUUCACCUGUGACAGCCCCAGCAUCAACCAUUCCUGCCCCAUGGGCAGCACUGAUGGCUGUGUCUGUCCACCGGGCAUGGUGCUGCUGGAUGACCACUGUGUGCCUCCUGACCUCUGUCCCUGCCGUCACAGUGGCCAGUGGUACCCACCCAAUGCCACCAUCCAGGAAAACUGCAAUGUCUGUGUGUGCCAGGGCCGGAAGUGGCACUGCACAGGCCAGCAGUGCAGUGGGUGGUGCCAGGUGUUGGGAGGCCCCCACUAUGUGACAUUUGAUGGACUGGCCUUCACCUUCCCUGGGGCCUGCGAAUAUCUGCUGGUGCGAGAGGCCAGAAAGCGGUUCACAGUCUCUGCUCAGAACCUGCCAUGUGGGGUCAGCGGGCUCACCUGUACCAAGGCCCUGGCCGUGCAUCUGGAGAGCACUGUUGUGCACAUGCUCAGAGGUCGGGCAGUGACAGUGAACGGGGUAAGCGUGACACCCCCGAAGUUCUACACUGGCCCCGGGCUGAGCCUGUACCAUGCAGGCCUCUUCCUGGUGCUCACGACCCGCCUGGGCCUCACCCUGCUCUGGGACGGAGGUACCCGGGUCCUGGUGCAGCUGUCCCCCCAGUUCCAUGGUCAUGUGGCUGGGCUGUGUGGAGACUUUGAUGGAGAUGCCAGUAAUGACUUGCGGAGCCGCCAGGGUGUUCUGGAGCCCACAGCAGAGCUGGCUGCCCACUCCUGGCGCCUCAGUGCCUUCUGUCCUGAGCCAGGAGACCACCCACAUCCCUGCACCGUGAAUGCCCACCGGGCUGGCUGGGCUCGGGCCCGCUGUGGGGUGAUGCUGCAGCCACUCUUUGCCCUGUGCCAUGCAGAGGUGCCUCCGCAACAGCACUACAAGCAAUGUGUGUAUGAUGCCUGCGGGUGUGACUCGGGGGGUGACUGUGAGUGCCUCUGCUCAGCCAUUGCCACCUACGCAGACGAGUGCAGCCGACAUGGGCACCACGUGCGCUGGCGCAGCCAGGAGCUGUGCCCUCUGCAGUGUGAAGGGGGACAGGUGUAUGAGGCCUGUGGCCCCAUGUGCCCCCCCACCUGCCACGAACACUAUCCUGAGCCCAGGUGGCACUGCCAGGCUGUGGCCUGUGUGGAGGGCUGCUUCUGCCCUGAGGGGACUCUGCUGCACGGAGGAGCCUGCAUGGAGCUGGCAGCCUGCCCCUGUGAGUGGCGGGGCAGCUUCUUCCCUCCAGGGACUGUGCUGCAGAAAGACUGUGGGAACUGUACGUGCCAGGAGAGUCAGUGGCAUUGUGGGGGUGACGGUGCCUACUGUGAGGAGCUGGUGCCUGGCUGUGCAGAGGGAGAGGCCUUGUGCCAGGGGAGUGGACACUGUGUGCCACUCUCAUGGCUUUGUGACAACCAGGACGAUUGUGGUGAUGGCUCAGAUGAGAAGGAUUGUGCUGCCCCAGGCUGUGGGGAGGGGCAGAUGUCCUGCAGCUCCGGCCACUGCCUGGCUCCCACCCUGCUCUGCAAUGGCCAGGAUGACUGUGGAGAUGGCUCAGAUGAACAGGGCUGCCCGUGCCCCCAGGGCUCGCUGGCCUGUGCCAAUGGACACUGCCUGCCCCCGGCCCUGCUCUGCGAUGGGCACUCCGACUGUCCAGAUGCUGCUGAUGAGGAGUCCUGUCUCGGGCAGAUGAACUGCCUUCUUGGGGAGGUGUCCUGCAUUGAUGGGACCUGCGUGGGGGCCAUCCAGCUGUGUGAUGGAAUCUGGGACUGCCUGGAUGGAGCUGAUGAGGGGCCUGGACACUGCCCUCUCCCCUCUCUGCCCAUACCUCCUACUGGCUCCCUGGACACUGCGUGGAGUCCCCUGGCCAGUGCCAGCCCAGCGCCGCCCUGCGGCCCCUUCGAGUUUGCAUGCGGCAGCGGAGAGUGCACCCCGCGGGGCUGGCGCUGUGACCAGGAGGAGGACUGUGCCGAUGGCAGCGACGAGCGCGGCUGUGGGGAGCUCUGUUUGCCGCCCUAUGCGCCCUGCGCCCUUGGCCAGCACUGCGUGUCCCCGGGGCAACUGUGCGAUGGCGUGCCGCAGUGCCCCGACAGCUCCGACGAAGACCCGGACUCCUGCGAGGGGCUUCUAGCCCCCGGAAGUGCCAACAGGACAGGUCCUCCCUGCCCAGAGUACACCUGCCCUAAUGGCACCUGCAUUGGCUUCCUGCUGGUGUGUGAUGGGAAACCUGACUGUGAAGGGCCAGGGGAGGCAGGACCCUCCCCAGAAGAGCAGGGUUGUGGAGCCUGGGGUCCCUGGAGCCCGUGGGGGAUGUGCAGCCAGACAUGUGGGCCUGGAGUGCAGGGCCGGAGCCGCCGCUGCUCCCCGCCUGGCCUCCUGGUACUGCAGCACUGCCCAGGCCCCGAUCACCAGUCUCAGGCCUGCUUUCGUGUGGCCUGCCCAGUGGACGGUGAGUGGAGCACCUGGUCUCCCUGGUCUCUGUGCACUGAGUCGUGCAGAGGCACUAUGAUGCGGCAGCGACAGUGCCACCCACCCCAGAACGGGGGCCAAACCUGUGCCGGACUGCCUGGGGGCCCACACAGCACCCACCAGAUCCAGGCCUGCCACCAGGACAGCUGCCCCAAUGCCACCUGCUCUGGAGGCCUGGUGUUCCGGCCUUGUGCUCCCUGUCCUCUGACCUGCAAUGACAUCUCUAGCAAAGCCAUCUGCCCACCUGACCUGCCCUGUAGCAACCCAGGCUGCUGGUGCCCAGAAGGGCAAGUACUGGGCGUCGAGGGAGGGUGUGUGUGGCCCCGGCAGUGCCCCUGCCUCGUGGAUGGCGCCCGCUACUGGCCAGGGCAGCACAUUGAGACUGACUGCCAGCUCUGCAUCUGCCAAGACGCAUGGCCCCGGCGCUGCCGGCCCAACCCCAACUGUGCUGUGGACUGUGGCUGGUCCUCCUGGGCCUCUUGGGCUGAGUGCUUGGGCCCCUGUGGCAGCCAGAGCAUCCAGUGGUCCUUCCGGAGCCCCAACAACCCCCGGCCCUCUGGCCGGGGUCGCCAGUGCCGUGGCAUCCACCGCAAGGCCCGCAGGUGCCAGACGGAGCCCUGUGAGGGCUGUGAGCACCAGGGCCAGGUACACCACAUCGGGGAGCGCUGGCGCAGUGGCCCCUGCAGCGUGUGCCAGUGUCUGCACAACCAUACCACACACUGUUCCCCCUACUGCCCACUGGGCCGCUGCCCCCAGGGCUGGGUCCUGGUGCAGGGAACAGGAGAAUUGUGUUGUCACUGUGUCCUGACUGGAGAGGACCAGGCAGUCCACCCCAUGGCCACUCCCGCCUCCAGUUUCCAUAUGGGACCUCCUCUGGUCAGCUACAUUCUACCUCCGCUGGGAGAUCCCUGCUAUUCUCCACUGGGGGUGGCCCGACUGCCAAAGGGAAAUCUGCACGCACCAUCCCAGCAGCUGCAGCACCCCAGCCGGGCUGCCCUCCUGUGGGCUCCCACUGAGGGGCCCAGCCCCCAGGGUGGGAGCCCCAGAGAGGACUCCCUCUUUGCUGAGUCACACUCCUACCUGGAGCUGGACCUGCUUCAGCUCCAGAACCUCACUGGCAUCAUAGUGCAGAGGGCUGGUUCCUUCAACACUUAUGUCACCAGUUUCUCGCUCCAGCUCAGUAGUGAUGGUCUACACUGGCACAACUACCAUGACAUCCUGCCUGGCAUCUUGUCCCUGCCCAAGCUAUUCUCUGACACCUGGGGUGACCCAGCUCCCGAAGUAUGGACAUUCAGCCAGAUGGUGCAGGCAAGGUAUGUUAGGAUGUGGCCCGGUGAUGUCUACCACGGCGAGGGCGGCCGCAGCGUCUUGCUGCGGGUGGAGUUGCUGGGCUGUGAACCAGUGUCUCCACCCGCGACUCCAUGCCCUGGUGCUGGGCACCGCUGUGCCAGUGGUGAGUGUGCCCUGAGUGGUGGCCCAUGUGACGGUGCUGUGGACUGUGGGGAUGGCUCAGAUGAGGAGGGCUGUGUGCUCCUGCCCGCGGGUACCAGCAGAGUCCAUUCCACAGCCUGGACCCCAGCUCUCUCCUCCACCCAGCCCAGGGAGGGCCUGGUGGAGAUUGAGCAUGGGUAUCCUGUGCAGGAGUCACCUGCACCCCCCACAGAGAGAAGGGUGGGCCCUGUCCUAGCUUCCAGCGCUCUUUAUCUGAGUUCUGGGGAAUCCGUGAAGACAGUGCCCAUCACCCCCACAUCCCAGACAGAGGCUAGGACCCCACAACCAGGAAUGGCAGCUGUGACGGUGUUCCUCCCACCUCCAGAAACUCUGGUGACCACUUCUGGCCAGAGUGUUGCCCCAAGGCCCUUCCCACCGGUGCAGUGCGGCCCCAGCGAGGUGCCUUGCAAGAUGCUGGGCUGCGUGGAGCAAGUGCAGCUGUGUGACGGCAGGGAGGACUGCCUUGAUGGCUCUGAUGAGAGGCACUGCGAGAGUCCAGUGCCCUUCAUCAUACCCACAACAGCCCUGCCCGGGCUGCCAGCCUCGAGUGCUCUCUGCUCUCCGAGCCAGCUGAGCUGCGGCAGUGGGGAGUGCCUGCCCUCUAAGCGGCGCUGUGACCUGCGUCCUGACUGCCAAGAUGGCUCAGAUGAGGAUGGCUGUGUGGACUGUGUGCUGGCAGCCUGGUCCAGCUGGAGCAGCUGUAGCCACAGCUGUGGCCUGGGCCUAACCUUCCAACACCGAGAGCUUCUGCGACCUCCCCUGCUGGGGGGCAGCUGCCCGCACAACCAGCUGCGCAGCCAGUCCUGCUUCAUGCAGGCCUGUCCAGUGGCUGGGGCGUGGACCAUGUGGGAGGCCUGGGGACCCUGCAGUGUCUCCUGUGGGGGUGGCCACCAGAGUCGCCAGAGAAAAUGUGUGGACCCUCCACCCAAGAACGGCGGUGCCCCUUGCCCUGGGGCCUCCCAAGAGAGGGCACCUUGUGGCUUGCAGCCCUGCACAGGUGGCAGAGACUGUGGGCUGGGCCUUGUGCAUGUGAGUGCUGAUCUGUGCCAGAAGGGGCUGGUACCCCCGUGCCCACCCUCCUGCCUGGAUCCUGAGGCCAACAGUAGCUGCAGUGGGCACUGCAUGGAGGGGUGCCGCUGUCCCCCAGGGCUCCUUCUCCAUGAUUCUCGCUGCCUGCCCCUCUCUGAGUGCCCCUGCCUUGUGGGUGAAGAGCUGAAGCAGCCAGGGGUGUCCUUCCUCCUGAACAACUGCAGCAGAUGCAUGUGUGAGAAGGGGGUGCUGCUGUGCCAGCCAGGAGGCUGCCCCCUGCCCUGUGGCUGGUCAGCCUGGUCCUCUUGGGCUCCUUGUGACCACUCCUGUGGCUCUGGAGUGAGAGCCAGGUUCAGGUCUCCCUCCAACCCUCCAGCAGCUUCCGGGGGUGCCCCAUGUGAAGGCGACAGGCAAGAACUGCAGGCCUGCCACAGGGAGUGUGGGACAGAAGUGCUGGGCUGGACGCCCUGGACAUCUUGGUCCUCCUGCUCCCAGAGCUGCCUUGCCCCUGGUGGGGGCCCAGGCUGGCGCAGUCGCUACAGGCUCUGCCCCAGCCCCAGGGACACAUCCUGUCCAGGAGAGGCCACCCAGGAGGAGCCCUGCAGCCCCUCUGUGUGCCCAGAGCCCAGCAUCUGGGGCCUGUGGACUGCCUGGUCCACCUGCUCUGCUCCCUGUGACGGGGGCAUCCAGACCCGUGGACGCAUUUGCUCUGGCCCAGCUCCCGGGAAUUCCACCUGCCAGGGCCCCCACAGUCAGACCAGGGACUGCAAUGCACAGCCUUGCACAGCCCAGUGCCCAGGGAACAUGAUGUUCCGCUCAGCGGAGCAGUGUCACCAGGAGGGGGGUCCGUGCCCGCGGCUAUGCCUGGCGCAGGGCCCUGGGGUAGAGUGCACAGGCUCCUGCACCCCCAGCUGCACCUGCCCCCCUGGCCUCUUCCUGUACAAUGCCAGCUGCCUGCCCCUCAGCCAGUGCCCCUGCCAGCUGCACGGGCAGAUCUAUGCACCAGGAGCAGUGGGUCUCGUGGAUGCCUGUAACAACUGCACCUGUACCUCUGGUGAGAUGGUGUGCACCUUGGAGCUCUGCCCAGUGGCUUGUGGCUGGAGUCCCUGGACCCCAUGGAGUCUCUGCAGCCGCAGCUGCAAUGUGGGCAUUCGGCGGCGCUUCCGGGCAGGCACUGCACCCCCAGCUGCCUUUGGGGGUGCUGAGUGCCAGGGCCCCAAAAUGGAGGCUGAAUUCUGCAGCUUACGGCCAUGUCGAGGUCCUGGUGGGGAGUGGGGCCCUUGGUCUCCGUGUUCUGUGCCCUGCGGUGGCGGCUACAGGAACCGCACCCGAGGCAGUGGCCUGUACAGCCCUAUGGAGUUCUCCACCUGUGGCCUGCAGCCCUGUGCAGGGCCAGUGCCUGGCAUGUGUCCCAAGGGUAAGCAGUGGCUGGACUGUGCCCAGGGCCCUGCCUCCUGUGCAGAGCUCAGCACCCCAAGAGGGACUAACCAGACCUGCCACUCCGGCUGCUACUGCCCACCUGGGAUGCUCCUGUUGAACAACAUGUGCGUGCCAACCCAGGACUGCCCCUGCUCCCACAGCGGGCGCCUCCAUGCCCCGGGCAGUGUUGUGCGAAGGCCAUGUGAGAACUGCUCCUGCAUCUCUGGGCUCAUCACCAACUGCAGCUCCUGGCCGUGUGAGGAGGGUCAGCCCACGUGGUCACCCUGGACCCCCUGGAGCGAGUGCUCUGCCUCCUGUAGCCCUGCCCGACGCCAUCGGCACCGCUUCUGCACCAGGGCCCCCAGCACAGCACCAUUCAGGAUCACUCUGCUGCCCCCUACAGCUACACCGGGGUCUCCCUGCCCAGGCCCUGAGGCUGAGGAGGAGCUAUGCCUCCUGCCCGGGUGUGACCGAGCUGGGGGCUGGGGGCCUUGGGGACCCUGGUCUCCCUGCAGUCGGAGCUGUGGGGGAGGCCUGAGAAGCCGCACUCGAAUCUGUGACCAGCCCCCACCCCAGGGGCUGGGGGAUUAUUGUGAGGGGCCUCGGGUCCAGGGGGAAGCUUGCCAGGCUUUGCCGUGUCCAGUGACCAACUGCACUGCUAUCGAAGGAGCUGAGUACAGCCCCUGUGGCCCUCCCUGUCCUCGCUCCUGUGAUGACCUAGUGCACUGCGUGUGGCGCUGCCAGCCCGGCUGCUACUGCCCUCCAGGCCAGGUGCUGAGUGCCAAUGGGGCCAUCUGUGUGCAUCCGGGUCACUGCAGCUGCCUGGACCUGCUGACUGGGCAGAGGCAUCAUCCAGGUGCCCAGCUGGCCCGGCCCGAUGGCUGUAACUACUGCACCUGCCAGGAGGGGAGGCUGAAUUGCACAGACCUGCCCUGCCCAGUGCCUGGCAGCUGGUGCCCAUGGUUGGAGUGGACGGUGUGCUCCCAGCCCUGCGGGGGCCAGACAAAGACCCGAUCCAGGGCCUGUGCCUGCCCUGCUCCUCGGCACGGAGGCACCCAGUGCCCCGGGGAAACAGGGGAGGCAGGGGCCCAGCAUCAGAGGGAGGCCUGCCCCAGCCCCAGCACCUGCCCAGUGAACGGAGCCUGGAGCCCCUGGGGACCAUGGUCUCCCUGUGAUGCGUGCCUGGGACAGUCACAUCGCAGCCGGGAAUGCAGCCAACCCCCCACCCCUGAGGGAGGGAGGCCCUGCCCUGGGGGCCACACCCAGAGUCGCCCUUGUCAGGACAAUUCCACACGGUGUGCAGACUGCGGGGGUGGCCAGCGCUUACUCCCCUGUGGGCAGCCCUGCCCCCGCUCCUGCCAGGAUCUGUCCCCAGGGAGUAUGUGCCAGCCAGACCCAAACAGCUGCCAGCCCAGCUGUGGGUGUCCCCCGGGCCAGCUCUCCCAGGAUGGGCUCUGUGUGCCCCCAGCCCACUGCCGCUGCCAGUAUCAGCCUGGAGCCAGGGGGAUCCCCGAGAACAAAAGCCGGUUGGUAGGGUCUGGGCUCAGCUCCUGGGAGAGCCUGGAACCAGGAGAGGUGGUAACUGGGCCGUGUGACAACUGCACCUGUGUGGCAGGCAUCCUGCAAUGCCAGGAGGUACCCAGCUGUCCCGGCCCUGGAAUGUGGGGCUCCUGGGGCCCCUGGGAGGACUGCAGCUUUUCAUGUGGGGGAGGGCAGCAGUUGCGUUCCAGGCGCUGUGCCCAGCCUCCCUGCCCGGGGUCUGCCCGCCAGAGCCGUGUGUGCAACACCCAGGUCUGCAGAGAGGCAGGCUGCCCGGCCGGCCGCUUGUACCGUGAGUGCCAGCCUGGCGAGGGCUGCCCCUUCUCCUGCGCCCACAUCACCCAGCAGGUGGACUGCUUCUCUGAUGGCUGUGAGGAGGGCUGCCACUGCCCUGAGGGCACCUUCCAGCACCACCUGGCCUGUAUCCAGGAGUGCCCCUGUGUGCUGACGGCCUUGCUGCUGCAGGAGCUGGGAGCCGCUGGCAGCAACCCUGGGGCAUGGCCCCUGUUCCCGAGAGAGGGGGGUCUGUCCCUUGGGCCUGGAGAUGAGCUGGGCUCUGGCCAGACACUUCGUAUAGGCUGCAGCAAUUGCUCCUGUGCUCAUGGGACACUGUCCUGCUCUGUGGAGGACUGCUCUGAGGCCCGUAGUCGUUUUGGUCCCUGGAGUCCAUGGGGCCCAUGCUCUCGCUCCUGUGGUGGGCUGGGUACCCGCACCCGCAACCGCCAGUGUGUGUUCCCCACGUCCACUUACAGUGGCUGCCAAGGGCCCCACCAAGACCUCGAGUACUGCCCCAGCCCAGACUGCCCUGGGACUGAAGGGUCCAUGGUGGAGCCAGUGACAGGUCUUCCAGGUGGCUGGGGCCCCUGGUACCCAUGGUCCCCCUGCUCUGGAAGCUGCACGGACCCUGCUCACCCUGCUUGGCGCAGCCGCACCCGCCUCUGCCUGGCCAACUGCACAGUGGGGAGCUCCUUGCAGAAGCGUCCCUGCAACCUGCCCUCAUGCACAGAAGUGCCCCUGUGUCCCGGCCCUAGCUGUGAGGCUGGGAACUGUUCCUGGACCUCCUGGGCCCCGUGGGAACCUUGCUCCCGAAGCUGUGGGGUGGGCCAGCAACGUCGCCUGCGGGCAUACCGCCCCCCAGGGCCUGGUGGGCACUGGUGCCCUGACAUCCUUACCGCCUACCAGGAGCGCCGCUUCUGCAGCCUGCGUGCUUGCCCAGUGCCUGGGGGUUGGUCGCACUGGAGCCCCUGGUCGUGGUGUGACCGCAGCUGUGGGGGGGGACAAUCCUUGAGGAGCCGCAGAUGCUCAAGCCCCCCACCCAAGAAUGGGGGUGCUCCCUGUGUUGGGGAGAGGCACCACGUCAGGCUCUGCAAUCCUAUGCCCUGUGAGGCAGGCUGCCCAGCAGGCAUGGAGGUGGUCACCUGUGCCAACCGCUGCCCCCGCCGCUGCUCAGACCUCCAGGAAGGAAUUGUGUGUCAGGACAACCAGGCCUGCCAGGAGGGCUGCCGGUGCUACGAAGGGUUCCUGGAGCAAGACGGCAGCUGUGUGCCCAUCCAACACUGUGAGUGCACAGAUGCUCAGGGCCACAGCUGGGCCCCUGGGAGCCAGCACCAGAACGCCUGCAACAACUGCUCAUGUCAGGCUGGGCAGCUCUCCUGCACAGCCCAGUCCUGCCCACCUCCCACCCACUGUGCCUGGAGCCGUUGGUCAGCCUGGAGUUCCUGCAGCCACUCAUGUGGGCCUGGAGGGCAGCAGAGCCGCUUCCGGUCCUCCACAUCAGACUCAUGGGCCCCGGAGUGUCGGGAGGAGCAGUCCCAGAGCCAACCCUGCCCUCAGCCCCCAUGUCCACCCCUGUGCCUGCAAGGUGCUCACCCCCGCCUCCUGGGGGACAGCUGGCUACAAGGGGAAUGCGGGCAGUGCUCCUGCACCCCCGAGGGUGUGAUCUGUGAGGACACUGCUGAGUGCACAGUGCCUGGGACUUGGAUGCUGUGGUCCCCCUGGUCCGACUGUCCUGUCUCCUGUGGAGGAGGAAACCGGGUCCGCACCCGGGGAUGUGUGGCCCCAACCCCUGGCUAUGGGGCCCCAGCCUGCCCAGGUCCCAACACCCAGACCCAGUCCUGUGGGCAGCAGCCUUGCCUGCAGCUGCUGGAGGCCUGCUCCUGGGGUCCAUGGGGACCCUGUUCCCGCAGCUGCAGCCUGGGCCUGGCCUCCCGCCCUGGGUCCUGCCCCUGCGUGCUGGUGGAGGCAGAUCCCACUUGCAAUGGCACCUUCUCCCACCUGGACACCCAGGCCUGCUACUCAGGGCCCUGCCUGGAGGAGUGUGUAUGGAGCAGCUGGAGCAGUUGGACGCGCUGCUCUUGCCAGGUGUUGGUGCAACAGCGGUACCGACAUCAGAGCCCAGCGCCUGGCAGGGCUGGGACAGGCACCCUCUGCACACGGCUGGAUGGCCACUUCCGGCCUUGCCUCACCGGGAACUGCUCUGAGGACAGCUGCCUGCCUCCCUUUGAGUUCCAGGCCUGCGGCUCCCCCUGCACCAGGCUCUGUGCCACACACCUGAGUGGGGAGCUCUGCCAGGACCUGCCAGCCUGUCAGCCUGGCUGCUACUGCCCCAAGGGGUUGCUGGAGCAGGCUGGGGGCUGUGUUCCUCCAGAGCAGUGUGACUGCUGGCACACGUCAGGAGAGGGAGCCAGGGUGACCCUGGCCCCUGGGGACCGCCUUCUGCUGGGCUGUAAAGAGUGUGAAUGCCGGCACGGGGAGCUGCAGUGCACCAGCCGGGGCUGUCAAGGUCUUCUGCCUCUGAGUGGCUGGUCCGAGUGGUCGCCCUGUGGGCCCUGCCUGCCCCCCAGCGCCUUGGCCCCUGCCUCCAGGACUGCCUUAGAGGAGCACUGGCCCCAGGGGCCAGCCAGACUCUCCACGACCUUAGACACCCUGCUGGCUUCAGAGCAGCACCGCCACCGUCUCUGUCUGGACCCUGAGACGGGGAGUCCCUGGGCUGGGGAUCCCCACCUUUGUACUGCAUCCCUCAGCCAGCAACGCCUCUGUCCCGACCCUGCAGCCUGCCCUGACGCGUGCCAGUGGAGUCCUUGGGGGCCAUGGAGCCUCUGCCAGGUGUCCUGCAGUGGGGGUUUCCGGCUGCGCUGGAGAGAGGCAGGAGGGCCCCCUGGAGGAGACUGCCGUGGGCCAUGGGCUCAGACUGAGAGCUGCAACACAGAGCCCUGCCCAGGGGAGAGCUGUGAGGCCCAGGAUACCGUGCCUACCCUUGAUUGUGCCAACCAGUGCCCUCUCAGUUGUGCUGACCUCUGGGACCGCGUUCAGUGUCUGCAGGGACCCUGCCACCCAGGCUGCCGCUGUCCCCCUGGCCAGCUGGUGCAAGAUGGGCACUGUGUUCCCAUCUCUUCCUGCCGCUGUGGCCUCCCCAGUGCCAAUGCCUCCUGGGAGCUGGCCCCCACUGAGAUGCUGCAGCUGGACUGCAAAAACUGCACCUGUGUCAAUGGAUCCCUGAUGUGCUCACACCACGGGUGUCCAGUCCUUGGGGCUUGGUCAGCCUGGAGCAGUUGCUCAGCUCCCUGUGGUGGGGGCACCACAGAACGACAUCGGAGCUGUAAGGGGAAUCCUGGUGGGGCACCGUGCCAGGCCCAGGACACAGAGCAACAGCAGGAAUGUAACAUGCAGCCCUGCCCUGAGUGUCCCCCUGGAGAAAUGUGGCAGCAGGCAGCCUCCAGGGAUCUGGGGCCCUGUGAGCAGACGUGCUGGGAAACCAACACCACAGAGACUCUGAGCAACUGCAGUGUCACCCAGGUCUCAGGCUGCGUAUGCCAACCUGGGCACUUCCGCAGCCAGGCUGGCCCCUGUGUUCCUGCAGACCGCUGUGAGUGUUGGCACCUUGGCCAACCCCACCUGCCUGGAUCUGAGUGGCAGGAGGCCUGUGAGAGCUGCCGCUGCCUUGGUGGGAAGACUGUCUGCAGCCAGCACUGCCCCCUCCUCACUUGUGCUCAGGGCGAGGUGAUCAUGCAGGAGCCAGGGAGCUGUUGUUCCACUUGCCACCAGGAGACUCCAGAGGAGCAGUCAGCCUCCUGCCGGCACCUCACAGAGCUGCGCAACCUCACCAAGGGCCCCUGCUACCUGGACCAGGUAGAAGUGAGCUACUGCAGUGGGCACUGCCCAUCUAGCACCAAUGUCAUGCCUGAGGAGCCAUACCUUCAGAGCCAGUGUGACUGCUGUAGCUACCGCUUGGACCCCGAGAGCCCCGUGCGGAUUCUGCACCUCCGCUGUCCAGAUGGCCACACAGAGCCAGUGGUGCUGCCGGUCAUCCACAGCUGCCAGUGCAGUGCCUGCCAAGGAGGUGAUUUCUCAAAGCGCUGAGCGACUCCGCUGGAAGAGUCCACCACUGUCCUGUUGUGACCAUGGGGCCCAACGGCACUGACCACCUCCCCACAUGCUCACCCAUCUGCCCCCCGAAUCCAGGCCCUGGCAUUUACAUGCCCCUAAUAAAGUGAC